UGUAGUAGAGAGAGUGAAAGCAAUGCGUAUUGUGCAAACAAGCAGAGGCCAACAUGAGCUGAGCUGAGUGGCAGAAGCAUGAGACAAGCUCAACAACGGCUUCUUCAUUUAUCCUAACCGUUACACGUCACCAUUCCACCUCUAAAGGCCGACUACCAAAAGUUUCGCACCACAUUUUCUCGAGAAAAUUUCGUCUCUCAUGGAAUCACCAGCACAACGUCGUCUUCGAGCCAUCCGGUCUCACCUUCUUCCCAACACAUCUGAUGAUGAUCCGCAAACACAUAUCCGUUCUAACAUCACCGCCGGAGAGUUCGCUCAAGUCCAGGGAUACUCUGUAGUUCUUCCAGAGAAAUUGCAAACAGGAAAAUGGAAUGUGUAUAGAUCUGCACGUUCUCCAUUCCAGCUUGUAAGUAGAUUUGCUGAUCACCCAGAAAUUGGGACUUUGCAUGAUAACUUCGUACAUGCAGUUGAAACUUUCCGAGACCACAAAUACUUGGGUACUCGAGUUCAGGCGGAUGGAAGUGUUGGAGAGUACAAAUGGAUGACAUAUGGAGAAGCAGGCACCGCUCGCAAAGCAGUAGGUUCUGGCCUACAGUUUAAUGGGCUACAGAAAGGAGAUUGCGUUGGAAUUUAUUUCAUAAACAGACCAGAGUGGUUGAUUGUGGAUCAUGCUUGUGCAGCAUUUUCGUAUAUCUCAGUUCCUUUGUAUGAUACACUUGGUCCAGAUGCAGUUAGGUAUGUUGUUAACCAUGCUGAUGUGCGAGCUAUUUUCUGUGUGCCACAGACUCUGAAUUCGAUGUUAAGCUUUUUGUCCGAGAUUCCAUCUGUAAGAAUUAUAGUGGUUGUGGGAGGGAUAGAUGAACACUUGCCUUCCCUUCCAUCUGCAUCUGGAGUGAAGCUUAUAUCCUAUUCAAGACUAACUGUUCAGGGCUGCAGUAAUCUGCAACCAUUUUGCCCUCCUAAACCUGAAGAUAUUGCAACCAUAUGCUACACAAGUGGUACUACUGGAACACCAAAGGGAGUUGUAUUGACACAUGGAAACUUAAUUGCAAAUGCUGCUGGAUUCAGUCGUGCAGUCAAAUUCUAUCCCUCUGAUGUUAGCAUAUCCUAUCUUCCUUUGGCACACAUCUAUGAACGUACCAACCAAGUAAUCUCAGUUUACUCUGGUGUUGCUGUUGGUUUCUACCAGGGGGACAAUUUGAAAUUAAUGGAUGACAUAGCUGUCCUAAGACCUACAUUAUUCUGCAGUGUUCCUCGGUUGUACAAUCGGAUAUAUGCUGGAAUUACAAAUUCUGUAUCAAAUUCUGGGCUUCUAAAGGAGAGAUUAUUCAAAGCUGCCUACAAUUCCAAGAAGCACACCAUUAUGAGUGGCCAGAGAUCAUCUCCAAUAUGGGAUAGAUUAGUAUUCAAUAAAAUUAGAGAUAAGCUUGGAGGACGUGUCCGUUUUUUGGGUUCAGGUGCUUCACCAUUGUCUCCUGAUGUCAUGGACUUCUUGAGAGUGUGCUUUGGCUGCCAAGUACUUGAAGGAUAUGGUAUGACAGAGACUUCUUGCAUCAUAAGCAUAAUGGAUGAGGGUGACAAUUUAUCAGGUCAUGUUGGAUCCCCUAAUACUGCUUGUGAAAUAAAACUUGUGGAUGUUCCUGAAAUGAAUUACACGUCAGAGGAUCAGCCUUAUCCUCGUGGCGAAAUCUGUGUCAGGGGUCCCAUUAUCUUCCAAGGCUAUUACAAAAAUGAAGUCCAAACGAGAGAAGUGCUUGAUGAUGAUGGCUGGCUGCAUACGGGAGAUAUAGGAUUGUGGUUACCUGGAGGGCGACUUAAAAUUAUUGAUAGGAAAAAGAACAUUUUUAAGUUGGCACAAGGAGAGUAUAUAGCACCUGAGAAGGUCGAGAAUGUCUACUCCAAAUGCAAAUUUGUUUCUCAGUGUUUCAUAUACGGUGAUAGCUUCAAUGCCACUCUGGUAGCUAUAAUUGCAGUGGACCCAGAUGUGUUGAAAGAGUGGGCUUCAUCUGCUGGCAUCAAGUAUGAAGACGUAGGACAAUUAUGCAAUGAUCCAAGAGCAAGAGCUGCGGUUCUGGCUGAUAUGGACGAGAUUGGGAGGGAGGCCCAGUUGAGAGGCUUUGAAUAUGCGAAAGCCGUAACUUUGGUACCUGAAGCAUUUACCCUAGAGAAUGGCCUUCUGACUCCAACAUUCAAGAUAAAAAGACCUCAAGCUAAGGAAUACUUUGCCAGAGCAAUAUCAGACAUGUAUGCUGAGCUUUCUAAAUCUGACCCAACAAUGCAAAAGAUGUAAAGCAAAACUUGGUAACAAUAAGCAUUAAGAAAAAGAGUCAUCUUUUUCAGUUGAUAAAUGCUAUGGCUUUUAUUGUUGAUAGUCGAAUAAACUAAAGGAAAGCCCUUGUUAUAGUUACAUGCUUCCUUGGAAAGAUUUCUUCACUUUGACGAAUGUUGUUUUACUUAUUGGUUUGUAAACAUUAACUUUAUAUAAAUUUUAAUUUAUCAGUCUUACCAAAAAUUUAAACAUUA